AAGCAGCGAGCAGUUGGUUGAAGCGACAAUGCAGUCUGCAGGGCAGCUGGGCCAGAUGGAGUCGUUCGACGUUACUGAAAGCGACUGGACGGCAUACAAGGAGAGGUUGACAUCUUUUUUGAUUGUCAACAAGGUUCCCGACAGCGACAAGGUACACGCAUUCCUCAGCAUCAUCGGACCGCGUACGUAUGGGUUGCUGAAGUCGUUGGCUACGCCGGACCUGCCGUCGGAAAAAAGUUUCGAACAACUGAAGAGCCUCUUGGAUGCACAUCUUGCCCCAAAGCCGUCCAUAAUCGGGGAGCGAGCGAAGUUUUAACGAAGAACACAGAGCGAAGGCGAGUCUCUGCCCGAAUAUGUUGCGGAACUUCGGAAGUUGGCCCAGAGUUGUCAGUUUGGAGCGAAUUUGGACGAAGCGCUGCGGGAUCGUUUCGUUUGUGGACUACUGCGAGAGGACGUGCAGCGAGUACUCUUUACCGAGGACGACAAACUGACGUUCCCGAAAGCAGUCGAGCGCGCCCUGGCAAUGGAAGCAGCCCGGAAAAAUGUCGCCGAGACUAGAGUCGUGGAGUCAAUGACCACACAGCUGCACCAAAUGGAGGGAGAAGGUAAUUAUGCCCCUGCUGAUCUGUACGAGGCGCAAGCGAUUGCCGGUAGGCAGCUACAGGCUUGUUAUCGCUGCGGUUCUCAGAGCCACACGCAUUCACUAUGCCCGUACGUUAAGGAGACGUGCUAUAAGUGUGGAAAGAAAGGGCAUAUUCAAAGGGCCUGUCGCAGCAACAGGCAAUCUUUUGGCGGGCAUCAGCAGAAACGGAGUGUGAAAACGCUGAAAGUGGUGACGCAGGUGCCACCCAUGGGCGUUUCGGAACAAGUGUCUUCUUGUCGCACUCCUAUUUUUGUUGUACUAAAGAUAAAUGGAGCACUGGUGGAAAUGGAACUUGACACGGGAGCCGCGGUGUCUAUCAUGCCUUACAAGCAGUUCAAGCAGCAGGUCCCUUCAGCUAACUGCGAACCAACCGACAUCGUCCUGCGCACCUAUACCGGAGCCCUCGUCCAACCUUGCGGCUUGGCGGUCGUCAGUGUGCAGCACGGCGAACAGACAGCGAAACUACCACUCUACCUCGUCGAUCAAGCAGGACCACCGCUGCUAGGGCGUGAAUGGCUGCACACAGUACGGCUAGACUGGAACCAGAUUUGGGGCCUCAACCACGUCUCAAGGUCAGUGUUCGACUUGUCUUCCCGAAUGAAGGAAAGGCUAGAGACGUUGCUUGCAAAAUACAAAAUGCUGUUCAAGGAUGAGCUAGGCGCUAUUACAGACGAAAGGGCCGAGCUGUUUUUCAAAGCCGGCCACCGGCCGAGAUUCCUAAAAGCAAGGAAUGUGCCAUUCGCAUUGCAGUCAGCAGUAGAAGCAGAGAUAGAAAAAUUGGUUCAGCUGGGAAUACUCACACCCGUGAGUACAUCAGAAUAUGCCACGCCCGCCGUCCCUGUGAUAAAGAAAGAUGGAAGCAUACGCCUAUGUGGGGAUUAUAAGACAACGAUAAAUCCUUCACUGGACAUCACACACUAUCCGCUGCCUAAAAUCGAUGAUCUAUUGGCUCCGUUGGCCGGGGGAAUGCAUUUUACUAAAAUAGAUCUCAACAGGGCAUACCAACAAGUACUCAUGGCGGAAGAGUCGAAGAAGUACCUAACUUUGAACACGCAGAAAGGGCUGUUCGUAGUCAACAGGCUACCCUUCGGAAUAGCGUCAGCGCCAGGUAUUUUUCAGAAAAUAAUGGACACAAUGCUGAAGGGCCUAAACGGAGUUUGUUGUUAUCUUGAUGACAUAUUGGUCACGGGAAAAAACGCUGAAGAACACAUGAUAAACCUAGAAGCACUCUUGAGACGUUUGCUUGAGCGAGGCGUCAGAAUAAAGAAAGAAAAAUGUGCGUUCUUUCAAAAUGAGCUGUGUUACCUGGGGCACAAAAUCAGUGCAGCAGGAAUAUCUGCGUCACCAGAGAAAAUUGAAGCAGUCAUAAACGCUGCCGCACCGACAAACAUGCAGCAACUGCAGUCCUUCCUCGGUGUCGUGAAUUACUAUGGAAAGUUUGUGCCUAAUCUAUCAACAGUUGCUGCGCCCUUUUACCAGCUUUUACGGAAGGACGCUCCUUGGUGCUGGGACGAAUGCUGCCGAGAAGCGUUCAAAGAAGUUAAAAGAACGUUGUCAUCGCCGCAGGUGCUGGCCCAUUAUGACCCGGAUCGACCAUUGAAGCUGGCCUGUGACGCAUCGCAGUACGGGGUAGGUGCAGUGCUUUCCCAUGAGUUCAAGCAGUUCGUAAGGGAGAUGGGUUGCCGACACGUGCAAACAGCCCCCUACAAUCCCAGUGCCAAUGGACUCGCGGAGCGUUUCGUCCAAACCCUGAAGAACGCGCUAAAGAAGGAUGCCGCACGACAACUAAUGAAGGUAAAGCUCAACAAGCUCCUGCUCGCUUAUCGCAACACGCCCCAUGCUACAACGCACGAGGCACCAGCUAACUUGUUGUUGGGGCGACGUUUGCGCACCCGCCUGGAUAUGCUGAAACCCGCCGUGGGGGAAAGGGUGGCGUACGAACAGUUCAAACAAACGGUGAACAGACGGUGUCGUGUGCGCGAAGUGAGUGUUGGUGACCAUGUUCUUGCACGCAAUUACAGGGGACAGCCCAAAUGGAUGCCUGCUGUGGUGACUGCUCAAAGUGGACCAGUGUCUUUCAGGGUACGAGCAUCGACACCUUCGGGAUGCUUCGAGUGGCGGCGCCACAAGAACCAGCUACUUCAAGGCACGGCAGGGCUUGUCGAAAACGCCGCGCAAGACGACGGUUUCUCCGUGUGGCCACAGAGCGACACCGAGCCGGAGCCAGCACCUUCAUUGCCUGCAGCUAGUGUUUCGCCUUCACCAACGACGUCGGUGACGGACACUUCUCGAGGCGACCAGGAUCGACGCUACCCAUUAAGGAAUCACCGACCACCGGAUAGUUUCUGA